AUGGACGUUGACGAAUUAGCCCAAUACCAAAACCAGCUUGACAAAGUUGAUAACGCACUACAGUCAGAUCCUGAAAACAUUGAGCUUCUAAAGCUAAAGCAAGAUUUAACUGAACUGAUCAACCUCACAAGUGAUUUGAUUGAUGCUGCUGAACCUAAUUCUCCAAAGAAAUCUCCAUCUAAUACAACUUCUCCCAAAUCUCAAUCCCUUUCCUCUCCAACAACACCAACUAGUGCGACUAGUUCCAUACCUGUAUUCACAAGACCCAUACAAGUAGGAGACACUUGUCUAGCACGGUGGAGCGGCGACGGGCAGUUCUAUCCAGCCACAGUUACCGCUAUCGGUGGUGGUGAUCAAGUGUUUUCGGUCGUGUUCAAAGGUUACAAUAAUGUCGAGCUUGUCAACGUGCAAGACAUCAAACCGAAAGAACAGCGUGUUGUAAAACAGAAACAAUGGUUAGCGUUCGCUCAUUCUGCUGCAGCGGCGCCGGGUAGGAGAACAAACAAAGCCAAGAGGUUAGUGCAACCGCCGAUCAACAAGAAGAGUAUUUUCGCUACGCCAGAAAACCCUGAGGGAAAAGUCGGAGUGGUGGGCAGUGGUAGACCUAUGACGCAAUUUCAACAACGGGCUAAUGUCGAUGAGUGGGGUUUUAUAAUAACGUAA